CCUGGCUACUCCACACCCACGCUUUAUACAUUUUCCGUCUUUCCCGAUCGAUAAGCCCUCCACCAUCCCUCCACUAUGGGAAACGACGGCGGAAGCAUCCCCACGCGGCGCGAACUCGUGAAAGAAGCCGCCAAAACCCCAACAACCACGCAACUCAAAGAGCGCGCCGUCGAGGCGCAAUCCUACGGCUGGUCGACAGAUCCAUUAUCCCGUAAGCCCUUACAGCCUCCGAUCGUCAGCGAUGCAUCGGGGAAACUGUACAACAAGGACUCAGUCCUCGAGCACCUUCUGUCCGCGAACGCUGAGCCGGGGUCGCUGGCGGCACGGAGGAGGGAGGAGGCGGAGACGAUCUUGGAGGGGCGGGUGAAUGCGCUGAGAGAUGUGGUGGGUGUGAAGUUGGAGGAGAGGGGUGAUGGGGAGGAAAAGAGAUUUGUGUGCCCGAUUAGCGACAAGGUGCUGGGACCCGGGACGAAGUGUGUGUAUAUUGUUCCGUGCGGGCAUGCGUUUUCGGCGGUGGCAGUCAAGGAGGUUGCGGGGGAGAAGUGUCUUGUGUGCAACGAGCCAUAUGCACCGAACGAUAUCAUCCCGAUUCUGCCAACCGAUCCCCUCGACCUGGCGCGAUUGUCGCUAAGAGUGAAGAUACUCAAGGAGAGAGGACUAUCGCAUUCGCUGAAGAAGCUUCCGGGCUCCAAGAAGCGCAAGCAGGCGGCAGCAGUGGCGGCCACCGCAGCAGAUUCAGAUUCAGCUCUGAAAUCCUCCACCUCCACCACUGUACCCGACACCGACAUCACCCCCAUCCACAACGCAUCCACCCGCGCGCUAGCCAGCAAGGUGCUCUCGGAGCAAGAUCUCGCGAACAAGCGACGAAAACUACAAAAGAACGAGAACUUGGAGAGCUUGUUCUCGAAUAGAGGGGAGGGUGCGAAUAAGGCGAAUACGAAGGAUUUCAUGACGAGGGGGUUCUCGAUUCCGGCGGGGGCGAAAAGGACGUAG